UUCGUCUCAUCACAAAUCAAAAUACGGAUUACAAUUUCGCAAAAAUCGGGCAUUUUCAGAAGUUUCCCAUCGUUUUGAGCUAAAUUCUCGUGAUCUGCGGAGCAAAAGAGUGCAGUUUCUCGUUUAAAACGUCUCGAAACAUGCAAAGGAGAUGCAAUUAGUGAAAGAGUAAAAAAUCAAUGUGCGAUGGAAAAAAUCUUAAAUUGAUCGUAUUAGCGUAAAAGCAGAAAAACUCGUAUAUUUGAUAGAAAUUUUAAAAGACACAAACUGUAAAAGGCGAAAAUGGAAGCUGAAUCGAUUCCCGUCGAAAAUUCUCGUUACUUUUGUCAUUCGUGCAACACAGAAAUUGACAGAGUCUCUACCGAUUUCAAAUGUCCGCAAUGUUUGGAUGGUUUUAUCGAGGAAUUGCCGUCGCAAGCUGCCGGCGCCGCAAAUCAAAUGGAUGACGGAGCAAGUAACAGCUUAUCGUUCUUAACAAAUUACCCGUCGCGACUUUCCAAUGACAUAAUAAGUAAUCCCAUUUUGACGCCGUUACUGAUGACAGCGUCGGGUGCUCGUCCCUUCGAUGCGUACGGCGAAAGUUCUUCCGACGCGAAUGGCGGCGGCGCAAGACUUGGGCGUGUAGCGUUACGCGGAUCACGCGGCAGGGAGUUCAACAUUACAAAUUUCGACACAAUUUUGCAAGAUAUUCUGAUUUCGGUGAGCGGCGGAGAGGGAGCUCCGAUGUUUUUCAUGGGAAAUCCGGGAGAUUAUGCGUGGGGGCGUGAGGGUCUCGACACAAUUGUCACACAGCUGUUAAACCAAAUGGAUAAUACGGGUCCGCCGCCCUUGGAAAAGGAGAAAAUUGAGGAACUUCCGACAGUCCCGAUCGAACAGGAACAAGUUGACAUGAAACUGCAAUGCAGUGUGUGUUGGGAGGACUUUCAGCUGAACGAACAAGUGCGGAAAUUGCCGUGCACACAUGUUUUUCACAGUGACUGUAUUUGCCCAUGGUUGGCGAAUCACGGAACGUGCCCAAUUUGCCGCAAAAGUCUCGUCGCUGAAACGAGUGCGACGUCGGAGCAACAACGCUCCACGCUAAGUGCAGCAGCUCAAGCAGUAGCAAAUACUAUCAGAAAUGCCGCAAUUCGACCUCGAGGAUCAACAGAUUCAUCCAACACAACGGCAUCAACUAGUCAGUCGUCAAGUUCAUCAAGUUCUUCAGGGAACGCAUCAAAUCAAACACCGCAAAGUAGCCAGAGUAAUCGGAUGCGAGAUGAAGACGGCGACGUUGACUUUGAUUUCGAUUAAAAAAAAAAGUUUACUCAAAAAAUACUUUUUCCUCUUUAUUUUUUAACACAAAAGCUAUCAUUGUUUUCCCUCAAAACAAACAAAAAAAAAACUUGAAAAUGUACUAAAAAGUGCGUAAAAAGUAGCUUAAAUCACUUAUUUAAAUCCAAAAUUGAAAAAAAACCUACAAAAAAAUAGUUACUUGUAUUUACGUACAUAUAAAUAAAAUUAUGAUAAAAAUCUAAAUUGUUAGGGUAAAGUAUCGUAAAUUGCAACAAGGACAGAUACUGCUACAAAGGACAUAAUUUGUUGACGUCACAACGAACCAACAUCUUGAGUAAUGAUAAAAAUUUGAGUGAAUUCCGACGAAUUUAACUUUUCACAACUUACACAUUAUUUGGAUGAGACUUGAGGAGAUUCUCACACUCUGCAAAAAAAAAAGUUUUUAAUAUGUCACUGUAAUGUAUCAUGAAUCUUGGAAACAAUAAAAAAAAUAUUUAAAA